GUGAAAAGCGCUAGUCCUCCUCAUUCGCCUCUGUUUAAAUGAAUGAUGUGAAAUUAUUGGAAUGUCAAUAAAUAUAUUACCUAUUAUAUAUAAUUGUAUGCAAUAAAACAAUGCAAAUUAGUCUUUUUUUUCUAAACGGUCGACAAAAGUGUGAGCCGCUCUUACCUGUCGUAUGACAAUCUUCAGAUAAUAUGAAAGUAGUUGUGCAACGCGUUUUGAGAGCUAAAGUUACAGUUGAUAGCCAAGAAGUAAAUUCAAUAAAAAAUGGUUUAUGCUUACUAGUUGGAUUGCAUAAAUUUGACCAAAGAACUGAUAUUGAUUAUAUGUUAGUGAGUUUGAUAAAUUUAAUUUCCAUUUUCAAUUGUAAAAUGGUUCAAAAAAUUUUAAAACUCCGGCUUUUUGAUGAUGAAGGUAAAAAAUGGCAUGCUAAUGUUGUUGAUAUGGGAUAUGAGAUCUUAUCUAUUAGUCAAUUUACAUUAUGUUAUAAGUUGAAAGGUAAUAAACUGGACUUUCAUCAGGCUAUGCCAGGUGAUAAUGCUCGUCAAAAUUACCAAUAUUUUUUAGAUUCUUUGAAAAAUUUUUAUAGUGAAACCAAAAUUAAAGAUGGAGUUUUUGGAGGUAAAAUGGAAGUUGAAAUUCUAAAUGAUGGACCAGUAACAGUACAAUUAGAAUCAGGAGAAAAAAAUUCUUCUGACAUUUAUAAUGAAAAAUUGGAUGUUAAAUUGAAUUAAAACUCUUUAUCUUUAUUAAUGUUACUUCUCUUGGCUGUAUUUAUGUUUAUUGAAAUGUAUGUUAAAUAAGAGCUUAAUUUUGUAUUUAAAUAUUUUUGACAUUAACAUUAAAAUAAAUGAGAAAUGAGUGUUUCUGGAAA